AUGGGGAGUCCUGAUGGGGAGGGGGUGGGGACAAGCUGGACAUGGAUCCUGCUUGCACUGAGCCUCCAAUAUGGUUGGGAAGACAGACAUUUAGACAGCUGGGAGAUCCUGCCUGUUAUGGGAGACCUGUGGCCAAGAGCUGAGGAGCAGGGAGGCAGUGGGGUGCAGGGAGGUGGGGGUGUAGGGAGGAGGGGUGCAGGAGGGAGGGGUGCAGGGGGGUGGGGACUAGGGAGGUGGGCAGAGUCUGGGUUUGGGGUGGAAAACCUCUGUGAGGAUAGCAGAGCCACCUGCCUCAGGGUUCAUUGCCAGGACUAA